AUGCUGGUAUAUCGUGUGUUCCGUAAUGAGCGUAAAAAGUUCAGUAAAACCCUGCAUGUCUGUCUACAUUCAAUGGUGUUGGUGUUCAUGAUCAUAGCCCUCAAAGCUGUAUGGGAUUCACACGAUCUUCAUAGAGAUGCGUUAGGACAACUCGAUCCGUUACCGAAUCUGAUCUCCCUGCAUUCAUGGAUCGGACUCAGUGUCGUGAUUUCCUUUUGUAUUCAGCUGUUUGAGAUUGCUGUUUUAAUGACAUUCAAUAAGCAGUUUGUGCAAAGUAGCAAGAAGUAG